CAAGCUUAAACAAAGAAGAAGUCACGUGUGAUUGUCAACAAGAGCUAUCUGUCAGAGCAGCAGAAAUGUCAACAGAUCGCCCUAAUAGAAACUGUCAGAUGAUUACGGUUCAGAAUUAAUGAGAACUUUUCCCGGUGAUUUCUCCAUCAGUGGGAACACAGAUCCAUAGGGUAAUCAUGACAACCCAUCCAGCACCACUCCCCUUGAGGGAGUUUUGCCCCCUCUACUACCUUCUCAAUGCCAUCCCUGCUAAAGUACAGAAAGGUUUCCGUACUGUGCUGGUCUACUUGACUGCUUUGGACAGCAACACUGAUUAUAUUGCAAUCGGCAGCAGCAUUGGCAUGCUGUAUCUUUACUGCAGGAGAGUAAGCCAGAUUAAUAAAUACAAUUUAGAGGGCAAAUGUGAGGCCAUCACUACAGUGAAGUUGCUGAGUUGUUUUGAUGAUCUUGUGGCUGUUGGGACAGCGUCAGGCAGAGUUGUUUUCUUUCAGCUUGUGUCACCAUUGCCUGGCAGAAAUAAACAGCUGAGAAGGUUUGAUGUGGUGGGCUUGCACAAAAGCACAAUUACAGCUCUAGCAUGGAGUGCUAAUGGUAUGAAGCUCUUCUCUGGUGAUGAUAAAGGGAAGGUGGUCUACUCUGCUGUGGACCUGGACCAGGGAGUGUGUAACCCAGUGAUUCUCUUUGAAGAGCCUUCAGCAAUAGUUCAGUUGGAGUACAAUCAGAAAGUCCUUCUGGUUUCAUCCCAUCAGCGAUCAAUGCUCUUCUAUACACAAGAGCAGUCGCAUCAGCAGCUGGGCACUAAACCACGAAAAAGCAAUGGCAAGUUUGGUGCCUGCUUCCAACCAGCUCUGUGCAAGCAGAGCGAUCUGGUGGUUUAUGCUGCCAGGCCAGGGUUGCGUCUGUGGAGGACUGAUGUGAGAGGUCGUGUGGGGGAGACACAUGUCCUAAAGCCCCUCUUUAAUCAGGAAGUACCUCAGUUUGAGCUCUUCCCACGUUCAGGCCCCACCGGUGGCUACAGACCUUCAGACAGACAGUUGGGAUUGGUUAGCUGCUUCCUGAAAGAGGGCUGGGUCCUCAGCUGGAAUGAAUACAGUGUUUAUGUUGUGGACUGCACCAAUCAGGUUAUCAUUGGAGGAUUGGAAAGCAGUGGAGAUAUAGUGUCUGUGUCAUGCACUGAGAAUGAAAUCUUCAUUCUGAAAGGAGAUCGGGACAUUCUGCGGAUCUCAAAUUGCCCUGAGGGAUUGGUUUCCAACUUUUUAGACCACUCCUACAGAUCCCCUCUUUCCACACCCACCAUUCUGCUGCCCCCUAACGGUGCCGUGGAAACAGCUCAGCCAAUUAGAACCAUGCCCAUCAUUACAGAGCAGGACACUCAAGCAAGUCCCAAUUCAGAGGAGGUGCGUGAGGGUGUCCAGGAGUUGGAGGAGGUGCAGGAGGAGCAGCAGCAUGAGGAAUUCAGUCAAGCUGUCGAGGCUCUGGAGGUCACUGAGGACGUAGAGGAGCAGCAGCAGGUUAGCUUGGGUACACUGGAGUCCCGCAGUCGCAGCAGCUCCAUCACAUCAUGGGAAAGUGCUCAGGGGAUGUUGACUGCCACAGAUGCCUCCACCUCAGAGCUCUCCUCCAACCGAUACAGCACUAUAACCCAGGAGGAUUUCCAGCAGGAGCUGGUGGUCAAGGCCAUUAAGCUGAAGAAGAAGGGCAAGAGGAGAAGGCAGGAGAGUGGGAACUGUGUCAGUGAGCGCAGCAGCUGGUCGGAGAGCAUGUUUAGUCAGGACGGUGCAGGCAGUGAUGUUCUUUACACACCCAUGAGCGAGCCUCCUUAUGAACAUAUCAGCCUACUGUGCAGCAGCCUCGACCUCCACAGCACCAGCUCGCCCGACCAGGAGGGUUCAGUCUAUGAAGAAACUCACAGUUCUGAUGCCUUCCCACUUCAGAGCCCUCCAGAACCCUCACUGAACCAGAACCUAGAGCCUGAUCAGGUUCCAGUUAACCAAACAGCAGAGACACAACCCCCUUGCCUGACAUCUCUCCCUCUGCAUGACAUGGAGUGUCAGCCGUAUAUUGAAAACGGGGAUGUAUUUGCUGAAAAUGAGCCCCUCAUUGCAACUACUCCUGAUGUGGACAUACUCUUGGAAUGCACCUUUUCAUAUAUGCAGGCAGCUGAUGAUCAGGACAUUAUGGAGGAGCACAUGAAGGAGGGCAAGAACCCCAUGCAGGAUUCUGCGCAACAAUCUACGGAGAGUUUACAUGGUGACUUUAACUUGGACUUGUCUUAUGAUCCCAUUAGGCCACUGGGUUACUCUCCUGAACCUGAGCCAACGCCCUCUAGUGAUGAGGAGGACAUUUAUGCCCACGGAGUGCCAUCCAGUGCUAGUCUGGGCGAUGGACUAAAUGCUCUGAGUCUUCAGGGCUCAGCUGCUAAGAAGAAAGAGGAUGAAGAGACGCAGCUCCUCAAAGCUGAUCAGUUGGCUGAAAGCUGGAUGGGUUACAGUGGGCCUGGCUGUGGCAUCCUCAGUCUAGUCGUGACAGACCGGUAUAUCUGGUGUCUGGACUGUAAAGGAGGUCUUUUCUGCAGUGGUCUUCCAAACAGUAGCUUGAGCUGGCAAAAGUUUGAGGAAAAUGUCCAUCAGGUGGCUUUGUCCCCAUCAGGCUCAUUGCUUUGGAAGGUGGAGCAGAAGACUAUGACUGCUUACGCUUGUGGGAAAGUCACCAUCAAGGGAAAGAGACACUGGUACAAAGCCCUGGAUGACACGGCUUUCGUUGCACUUGGUGAUGACACUGCAUGGCUCAUUCGCACCGAUGGUGACCUUUACCUACAGACAGGGCUAAGUGCAGACAGGCCAUGUGCUCGGUCAGUGAAGGUGGACUGUCCUUGCCCUAUGGCGCAGAUGGCAGCACGGGGCAGUGUGGUGUGGGCACUGAGCGAGCAGAGGGGGGUGUUUUACAGAGAGGGUCUCAGCAGCUACUGUGCAGAGGGGGAGCAGUGGAAGUAUGACACCGUCAGUGAGAGCCAAGGUCUGGAACCUAUCUGUAUUGCUCUGGGUGAGAACAGCACAGCCUGGGCACUAGACACCAGUGGCAGCCUAUAUUUCAGAACAGGGGUCACAGCUAAAAAGCCCCAGGGUGAAGAUGACCACUGGUGGCAGGUAAGCAUCACAGACUAUGUGGUGUUUGAUCAGGGCAGUCUGUUCCAGACUCUGAUCCAGGCUACACAGAAUGUAGCCACGGCUACUAGAGCUCCAGUGGAGCGGGUGGCAGAGCGUCUUCGUGUGGCCUUUCUCUCCCAGCACUCCCAGUGCCAGCCCAGCCUCAUCAGCGUGAGCAGCAAUGGUGUCUGGAUUGCUUCUGGACACAAUGAGUUCCAUGUGGCCAAGGGCAGCCUCAUUGGUACAUUUUGGAGGAAUGUUGUACCCAGAGGAACAGCCUCUGCCACGAAAUGGUCCUUUGUGUUCUCCUCUGCUGUUCCAGCCAAAGAAGGGAGUUUCCUGUGGUUAGGCCAGAGCAGGAAAGACCUGUUCUGCAUCCAGGAUCAGGACCUACAGAUGCGGCCCUUCAACAUUCAGUUCCCUCCAGAUGUAGAGAUGGUGCAGCUCUCGGCCUGCCGUGAUGCUCUGUGGGGCUUAGAUCACUAUGGCCGUGUCCACAUCCGCUCUUUAUCAGCCUGUUGCCUCACAGGAAUGCACUGGACACUGCUGGAUCUCAGCCAACUCGGGCACGUGCGGUUUCUCAGUUUGUCCUGUGGCAGUCAAAACGUUUGGGCAUGUGAUGCUAAUGGCAUGGUGUAUUUUCGGGUUGGAACUCAACCUAUGAACCCCAGCAUGAUGCUCCCUGCAUGGAUCUGCAUUGAACCUCCUGAGCAGCCUGCUGGGCUUCAUCUGAUGAAAAUUCAGACCAGUCCUAAUGACCGCAUGCUGUGGGCGCUGGAUAACAGAGGCAAUGUGCAUGUACGCAUUGGUAUCACGGAAGAGAUGCCUGUUGGGACCGCCUGGGAGCACAUUCCUGGACUUCAGGCGAGUCAACUGGUAUUGAGCAUGAAGACUGCUUGGGUUCGCCUUCCUAACGGUGAAGUGGCUCGGCGAUACGGUAUUACAGAGAAGAACCCUGCUGGAGACUAUUGGAAAAAGAUUCCAGGAUUGGUCAGCUGGCUUGCUGUGAGUCCUAUGGAUGAACUAUGGGCAGUUACUCCUGCUGGUGCUCUUAACCAGCGACUGACCAAGAUUCUGCAACUCAAUAAGGGUGAAAACCAUGGCAACAUGGGUUCUCUUAGUGGAGAGGAGCUGGAGGAAGAGUGGGAGGUGAUUUAGAUGCCACAAAUGGUGUCAUACCCCCCAGAAUCACUGUUCUGUCAAAGCUGUUUUAUUUCUUUGUAGGCACUUUAGGAUACAUUAAUGCAAAAGGAUUGGUAAUGUUUUCUCUCAUGAGUGUAUGACACACUUCUGAAACCUGUCUGCAGGUUUGAUGUCAUAGAUAAAAAUUUAAAAAUGCCACUUUGCAAACUUGGUUUUACCCAUGUUGUUUUAUCCGACCCACAUUUAUUAUGUUUUAAUAUCCACAUGCACAGUUAGUCCAGUUAUUUCGUUAUUUGUAUUGAGGCUCCGUUUACAUGCUAAUGCACUUUGCUCGCUACAUAGUGAAAAAUUUAAUGUGAAUCCGUUUUUAGUUGUGGUCUACUGCUUUAGAUGCAUACGUUAUGUAAAUAUCUCUAUAUUGACCAAAUACACUUGAAUACAUCAUAAUGGGUACAGGAAGCAUAUAUAUCACAAUAUAGUUCAUACUAACCAACAAGUGGGCAUUUGGAAAGGCAGAGUCUUUUUUUUUUACUUGGUAGGCAUAAAAUCAUGGUAACAUUUGGCACAUAGAUGUAACGUGAGUCUUAAAGAGAAAAUGGUCUCUGAUUUACCUCCAACUGCACUGUAGUGGUAUGUUGCAGUUAAAUGUGAGGUAUUUUAAAUGGACAGUUUGACUUUUAACAGUUAAAACAGAAAACAAUAUUACAAUUUACUACUUGGUUGAUAGAAUCUAUCAUAGCCUGUUAUGAAAAAAACUGUAUUUUUAUGCUGGACAAGCAUUCCUUAAAUACGUCCAUAUAAAGAAUGCAUCUUGAUCAGUAAUCUAUCAUAGAUAUCUAAAUAUUAAUCCAGUGCAAAGUCUGAUGUUUAAUUUCCUCUCUCUCUUUACUGUCUGACUUUGUGAAGUAUUUGUAAAUCUUCCUUUUGACACCUCUGUAAUGCAUCAUCUGCAAACAGGAGAUUGAAAUGGCCAUGCAAGCACUUGCAAGUUGUUUUUCCUGUCAUUUGGUUUGCUUUUGGCUAUUCGUACAUUACAUAUGCCAUUGCGUUGAACUUGCCAGACCAGUUCUACCCCAAAAGAUUUUCAGUUCCUCAUUUAUUUGCACAGACUGUAUUGUAAGUUGGAUUAAAGUGAUAAAUGUGGUACAUUGCUGCGCCAUUGUGGUGAAUAUGCAGCUGAAUGUGAACACAUAUUCACCAUGAACCUCUGCAGUCUUUACUCCAUGUUUAGUCAUGACAAACUUCCAAAAUUAAAAUGUUUACAAAUAAAUGUCUGCCUAUGUUGA